AUCGGGAAAACAAUGUAGCCUAGCUGUUUCUAGACGAGACCAAAUUGUGUUGCACCGGGUGUAACCAACGAGCUAACGUUAGGCUAGUUAGAUGUAGCUAGCUAGCUUUAGAUCAUUGUCGGUGUACGCAGCUGUAUAAUAAACAUUAUACACACUUUUAUUGAGGGACACUAAUGAAACUUGUUGGUGUCAUUUUAUUUUACAACCACCCUGUUGUUGUCGUCGACAAAUUCUGUUUAGUUGUCUUCAUCAUUUGCUGUCCCGUGUUGGUCAUUAAGCUAGUUAGCCUCUUCCGCUAGCUAGGUACAGUAGCGUAUGGGUGUCAAAGUUAGCCGUGACUUCACUGGGUGUCUGGUUGCCUGAUCUCACAUUUCGGACACGUCAAGGUUCUUCAAAUCUGUCUCUAGAUUUUGGGGGCUGUGAUGUCGGAGCCCAAGACCCCCACUCCCACUCCUGCUGGCGACACAUACAAAGGAUGGGUGUUCAAGUGGACAAAUUACAUUAAGGGUUAUCAGCGGCGGUGGUUUGUCCUGAGCAAUGGACUGUUGUCAUACUACAGGACCCAGGCAGAGAUGGGCCACACGUGUCGAGGCACAAUCAACUUGGCGACAGCAACUAUCACCGUGGAUGACGCCUGCAACUUUGUCAUCUCCAAUGGCGGGGCACAGACAUAUCACCUGAAGGCCAGCUGUGAAGUGGAACGUCAGCGCUGGAUCACUGCCCUGGAACUGGCCAAAGCCAAGGCGGCCCGCAUGCAGGCUGAGUCAGAUGACUCUGGGGAUGACUUUCCCUCAUCAUCCCCACCGGUGGCACACGGACAAGGCGGUGGGUCUCAGAAUUCAGAAGUUCAGUCUGCUCUCAGAACACUAGGCAGCAAGGUGGAGGAUCUCAGCACGUGCAACGACCUAAUUUCAAAGCAUGGCUCUGCCCUCCAGAGGUCUUUAUCAGAACUGGAUAGUUUGCGUCUGACUGGAGAGGCUGGGGAUAAGAUUCGUCAGGUGACAGAGAGGGCCACGCUGUUCCGCAUCACCUCUAAUGCCAUGAUUAAUGCGUGCCAAGACUUCCUGGCGCUGGCUCAGGCUCACAGCAAGCGAUGGCAGAAGGCCCUUCAAGCAGAACGGGAUCAGCGAGUCAGACUGGAGGAGACUCUAGAGCAACUGGCCAAGCAGCACAACCACCUGGAGCGAGCGUUCAGAGGUGCUUCGCAGGCAAAUGCUUCUUCAGACAAUAAAAGUGCUGCUGGGCCGGGAAAAGGUGAGGCCAGCGACGAGGACGACGACAACGAGUUCUUCGAUGCCAUGGAAGAGGCUCCUGAGUUCAUCACUGUACCUGCAGACCCCCAGUUCCACAAGAGGUCGAGCAGUAAUAUCAGCGGUUUCAACAGUGAAAUGUGCCCCGACGAUCAAUCGCUCAACGAGGAGCCUCUAGCGAUGAACCCGGAGUCGCCCUCUCAGGAGUUGGUGCCCCUGAAGAAGAGGCGAACACGCGUUUCAGACAAACCCAACUAUUCUCUCAACCUGUGGAGUAUCAUGAAGAACUGUAUUGGAAAAGAGCUGUCCAAGAUCCCGAUGCCUGUAAACUUCAACGAGCCUAUUUCCAUGCUUCAGCGGUUGUCGGAGGACCUUGAGUACCAUGAGCUGCUGGAUAAGGCCUCAAAGUGCCAGAGCUCUCUAGAGCAAAUGUGCUAUGUGGCCGCCUUCUCCGUGUCGUCCUACUCGACCACCGUCUACCGCACAGGCAAGCCCUUCAACCCUCUGCUGGGAGAGACGUAUGAGCUGGACCGCCGGAGAGAGAGCGGCUACCGCUCCCUCUGCGAGCAGGUGAGUCACCACCCCCCAGCAGCCGCGCAUCAUGUGAUCUCCGAUCGGGGCUGGACUCUGAGGCAGGAAAUCACUGUUGCCAGCAAGUUCAGGGGAAAAUACAUCUCCAUUAUGCCCUUAGGCACAAUUCACGCAAUCUUUGAAAAGGGCAACAAUCAUUACACAUGGAGGAAAGUUACCACCACAGUGCACAACAUCAUUGUAGGAAAACUAUGGAUCGAUCAGUCAGGAGAGAUAGACGUGGUGAACCACACCACCGGAGACCGAUGCCACUUGAAGUUUGCUCCUUACAGCUACUUCUCCAGAGAUGUGGCCAGAAAGGUGACAGGUGUGGUGAUGGACAAGGAUGGCAAGGCCCACUACGUGCUGUCGGGCACGUGGGAUGAGAAGAUGGAGUUUUCCCGGGUGAUGCAGAGCAGCCGAGGAGGAGAGAAUGGCACAGAGGGCAAGCAGAAGACAGUCUACCAAACCCUCAAAGCCAGAGAGGUUUGGAGGAGGAACCCUCUACCUGAGGGAGCAGAGACCAUGUACUACUUUACUUCCUUGGCGCUGACCCUAAAUGAGUCUGAAGAGGGCAUGGCGCCCACCGACAGCCGUUGGCGGCCUGACCAGCGCCUGAUGGAGGAUGGUCGCUGGGACGAGGCCAACUCCGAGAAGCAGCGGCUGGAGGAGAAGCAGCGUAGUGUCCGGCGGGAGAGAGAGAGGGAAGCUGCCAGCCAACGCACCUCCAGCCAGUCAGAAGAAGCUGUCGAUGAGGACUCUCUAACCGAUCCGUCCUUAAAAAGCGCACCUCAUGACAACUAUCAAGCACUUUGGUUUGAGCGCUGUGAAGACCAGAUCACAGGUGAGCAAAUCCAUAUCUAUAAGGGAGGCUACUGGGAAGCUAAGGACCGUGGCAGCUGGGAAGGCUGUCCGGACAUAUUUUGACCUCGUCACUGACUGGAAAGUGCCCUGAAGAGACUGACCCUUCGACGCCGCCUGGAGGACAGCCACCGCAAAAGGCCGGCUUGUCCCCCCACGUAGACGGUUGCUUUCCUCAAGUGGCUCUCUGUUCUAAGAGAUCUCCAGGACGGUCACUGCUGUCUCACCUAGAGAAGGGCGGAGCAGGGUUUUUCCCUCCAGCCUCCCUCGUCCCAUCUUGAUUCCUGUUUCCUUGAGUCUUAGCACUUACGCCCUUUGUUGCUGUCACACAUCUGAAAGGACUGGAACAAAAAUCUUUUGUGCUGCUUUAACUCGGGUCAGGCUGAGCCUAAGGGGGAGGAACUGAAAUGGGCAAUGCUUCCAAAUCAUUAGUAGAUAGUUUUUUUUAGUCUCUGCUCACAGGUCUGUGCAGUUUGUCAGAUCAGGAACAGAAGAGGUUUUGUGCUAAUAACACCCUGUGAGAUAACGUAGUGUUCCUAUUGUCAUCCACAGCAUUGUGUGCUUUGAUAAUAACUCUAAAAAAACAAGGGGUAAGACCUGGUUAAUAUAUACAUUUAUAUAUAAAUAUGUUUCAAAUAAUUUCAUUAAAAAUGUCGACCGGUGGCCUUCAAGACGUUUGCGAGGAUUUCUUGUUUAUCUCUGAUUUAGUGUCUUAUUGUAAUGAAGUGAAGGUUCUAGAGUGCGUGUGUGUAUGACUGCAUAUCUGCUCUUCCAUCACUUUACAACACUGCCACUGGGCAGUAUACUGUUUAAAAAAAAUAAUAAAAAAGUGUCCAAAAAUACCUGUUGAACCACCACACUGUCAUGUUUUAUAGUUGGAAGAGAUAUUUCUUUCCUUCUCAAAGGCCUGAUGAACAUAAUGAUGGUGAACACUUUGAUGUGGCUAAAAAGGCCAAAAAAAACAAACCCCAAACCUUUCUCUUCGCCUUAGAUGUGAGCAACCUGCUCUCACCUGUAUUUACGUCCCACCUGAGUGAACAUGACGCUGACAUUUGAAGCUGGUUUCUCAAACAAGCAUUAAAACUUUGAAGAAGUAGUCUGAGAAAAGACUAUAGAGCUGCAAAAUGGCAAAACCCUUGUUCUAGUGCCGACACAUUGUGCUCACGUUAGUGCCGCCUUUUUGGACAAUUAAUGAAAUGACCCCUUUUUUACAUUAUUGAAAUAAUGUUAUAGCCAUUUUUCAGAUGAAGUGAAUGGUAUUUACGUUACAUGGCAGUAAAAGUAUUUUGUGAUACAUGGUGGGAAUUUUUGUUUUGAGAGGAACAAAUGAGAAAAUGGUUAAAAGUAAAUGCAGUGGUGGAAAAACAAAAAAAAACACCUUUGUGUAUCUGCUGAAGAGUUCAUACAUAUGCAACUACAUUUUGACACCCAAGAGAGAAAGUGUGUAUGUGUGUGUGUGUGUGUGUGUGUGUUUUCAUACUUUUGUUUGAAAGUGUACUUAAAAAUGAAGAAUAAAGAAACAAAGAAUUUAAAA